CACGAGGGAAAAAUCGAGACAACGACGCUUUUUAUUAAAAAAAAAAAUAAAAAAAAAAUGGCGGGCAUGGAAAAUUCUGUGGAUGAAGUGAUUGUGUUAGAUUCUUCAUCUGAUUUUGAUUCAAGAACAGAACAUGAAGAAAAUUUAGAUUGUUUGAAUAAUAAUUUUGGUGCUGACAAAAGGAAAGUUAAUCUUGUUGAUGUAGAUAGUCCUAGAAAAUUAAGAAGGAGUAUAAGAAACUACCGACAAAGAAACAAAGACGAGUCUUCAGACUCAGAAGUUGAAGUAAUUCAAGUGCUCAGAAGGAAGAGACGCCUAUCUGAAAACAAAACAAAGAAGAGAAGAAAACAUGACAUAGAUGAAAACGACAGUGGGAAAGUUGUCAAGUUUAAAAGUUCUGUAAUAAGAGUAAAAGAAGUAUUAGAAAAUAAACAGAAUAUUAAUUUAAGAUAUAAUAAUAAAACAGAGUUGCAACUUAUUCACGAAGGUAUUAAACAGAAAAGAAACUUUUUUGAUGAAUCUAUGUGCCGCAAAAUUGAAAAAAAAAUUGACCAAAUUGCAGAGAAAGCGAAAUGUGGAUUGUAUCGGCAGAAAACGUAUGAUUCUGCACCUUUGCGUAACAAAUAUUUUUUUGGUGAAGGGUAUACUUAUGGUAAACAAAUGGAGCAAAAGGGACCUGGGCAAGAACGGUUGCAUCGGAAAGGUGAAGUUGAUGAAAUACCUAAGUGGAUACAAAAGCAUGUUAUACAGAAAUUAUAUAAAGAAAAAAUAGUUCCAGAGGGAUUUAUAAAUAGCGCUGUAAUAAAUGAAUAUUUUGCUGGUGGUUGUAUCGUGUCUCACAUCGAUCCAAUACAUAUAUUUGAUCGUCCGAUCAUUUCAAUCAGCUUUAAUAGUAAAUCCUUUCUGUCAUUUGGAUGCAAAUUCUCUUUUCAUCCUAUUCGUACAACAGAACCUAUUCUGGCACUUCCCUUGGAUCGAGGAUGUUUAACGCUGCUUAGUGGGUAUGCAGCUGAUUAUGUCACACACUGUAUAAGACCGCAAGAUGUUACUGAACGAAGAUGUGUGAUAAUAUUGAGAAGAGUGUUCGAUGAUGCACCACGUGUUGGCGAUGUAAUAUCACCCGAAAUGCCAUUGCGUAGUUUUCAACACCACAACGGCAGAUCAUCUUUCAGAGAAAACUCUCGCAGAGAGAAUAGAAAACGUACUUGGACGCAGGACCAUUAUGGGGGCAAAAAUGCAUCAGGUCGAAAGAGAACAAGGCAUAGUUACUAAAAUGCAGUAAAUAUGUUUUACAAUGUAACCGAAGUAAUGCCAAGAAGCAGUUAUCAAAACAACAUUCAGAGUUUAUUUAUGCUGUUCACAAGUUAUACUGAACAUUUUAAUUUUAAAGAGACAACAACAAGAAUAAGAAUGGUGUUUUUAACAUGACUUAGAAUUAUUUGCUUCAAGUUUUUGUUUAAAAGAUUCUUCAUCUGAAAACUGGUUUACUAAAGAAUGCUUAAACAUUACAUAGGAACUCUUGUGUGUGUGAGAGUUUUGUUUUUUUGCUAUUUUGAGGUCAUCUUUAUUUGAGGUUUGUUUGUCGUUUAAAACGGAAAUGUGCAGUCUGGUUGGUAUAUAUGGAUAUUUUGCAAAUAAAAUGAGUUUCUUGUGUUUCAAUACGUGGAAGUUGUACUGGCCUUGAUAAGUUGUUUUUGACUUGAUUACCUCGUUUGGUGACCACCAACUUCGUGCUUGACCCUCAAAGAGGUAAAAUCAUUACCAUUUUACUGAGAUGUAUUUUAUGAAAAGCAAAAUUCGGCGAUAUUGCUGGAAAAAUCUUAAAUGUGGCGCUUGACGAUAAACAAACUUAUAAAUAUGGAUGGCCUAAAAUUCUGUUUACAUUUCAGAUAUAUAGAUAUGUAUAUGUCGUUUUAUCAUCAACUUUUAAGAUUAUAUUUUUAUUGCUCUCUUCGUUUGAGCAAUUGGUUCAACUUUU